GCUGAAAGCGGUGCUGUGGACAGACGCUCUCCAGAAUCUAUUCUCGCUCGCUGCCAUCCUCUUUAUCGCCUACCUGGGAAUCGACCGUCUAGGUGGUUUAGCCAACAUCUUCGCCAUAAACAAAGAGGGUGGACGGAUUGAGUUUUUCAACAUGGAGCCUUCACCUUUUGUGCGUAAUUCGUUCUGGACCCUGACAAUUGGAAAUUUAGGAAAUUGGUUGGCAUAUUUGGCUAUAAAUGCUGGUUCCACCCAGAAAUGUCUGGCAAUGCCUUCUCUUCAGAAGGUAAAACGUGCUAUGUGGUGGUCUGCCAUAGGAAUUACCUUUGUUCACGGUUCGACCGUCCUCAUGGGGAUGGUACUUUACGCCAGAUACCAUGGCUGUGACCCUUUUGCGACUGGAGAAAUAAAGAAGACGGGACAAAUGCUGCCACUCUUUGUGACCGAAGUCACCAGCAACUACCCUGGACUGGCGGGUCUCUUCGUGUCGGGUGUCCUUAGUGCAGCGCUUAGUUCCAUGUCUUCGUCAAUAAACACAAUGGCCGGUACUUUGUAUGAAGACAUUGUGGAGUUUAUCUACCGAGGGAAGAAGCAAUCAGAAGCUAAACAGUCCUUCAUUAUGAAAGUCAUCACGCUACUCCUGGGCCUCCUCUGUGUCCUUCUGGUGCUUCUGGUGGAGAAGACCGACAGCAUAUUUCAGAUGGGGAUGAGCCUAGCCGGGAUCACCAACGGAGCUUUGAUGACGCUGUUCGUCCUGGGUCUAUUCAUCCCUAGAGCAAACUCAAAGGGAGCAAUAGCCGGGGCCCUCAGCAGCUUGGCGGUGAUGUCCUGGCUUGUCGGCAGGACUCAGUACUUCUUCGCUACUGGAGAACUCAAGUAUCCUAGCAAACACACCAGUGUCGAUCUCUGCCCAUUCAACUACACUGGAGACCUUGAGGUUAUGUCGCGACUUGAGACUUACAGAGGAUACGGCACGCCUGUGGUAGCAGACCCUAGCGUUGCACUAAUCUACCGACUAUCCUACAUGCACUACACUCUGCUGGGUAGUCUGGUCGGGGUUGUGGUAGGGGUCCUGGUCUCCUUAGCUACCACACCACCACCAAUCAGCGCCCGGGACCGCCACCUCUUCUCGCCCGUAGUCCAGCGCUUCCUGCCCCGCGCCAGACCGAAGUCCAACUCAGUCAGAUUUGCAGAGGAGGAAUUCAAAUUAGUUAAUGUCGCUGGAGAAGUGACAACCGAAGAGAAGAACGAUGUACCGCCGAAAGAAGACAUUCAAAAACCUGAGUGAGGUUGAACCACUUGUGUACAAACAAACAAUAGUACAUACAAGAACAAUUUAAUCUUAUAUUGUCUAUAAAUGAGUAUUGACAUCUUCAACAAGUCCAUAGUAACAAAUUUAUCAACAAGUGUACUAAUCUAUUAUUAGAAACAAAAAUAUAUAAAACUCACAUAAAAACAGAAAAAUAAACACAAAAGAGCUUACUGAAAAAAAAUAAAAAUACAAAGUCAUAAAAACAUGAAAAAAGAAUAAUACAAUGAAACCUAGGAUAUUACUCAACAUAAUAUUAUUUAAGGAGCAUAACACGAUAUUAAAUAUAUAUUUAUAAAUAAAUAAAUUAAACGACUGUCAUAAAUUAAAUUCAUAAUUCGUAAUUACUUAUACAUUGCUUACAAUAAAAUCAAAAGUUAUCGAAUCAUGCAUAAACUGGAAUGAAUAUAUUUUAAUACUACUUAAUAUAAAACAUUAUUUUGUCAUGAUAAUAAUAAUCUAGUCCUUACAGGAUAAUUGUUUUUCUACGUAGUUACUAACAAUGUUUUGUAAGAGCUAAAAUAUUUAAUAUCUCAUCUAGAUUAAAUCAUAUUUUUGUUUUGGAUUAUAGUGUUAAUUUGUUCUCUUCAAAUUAAUGAAAACUUGUACAAAUUUUAUGUACGUACUGUUAUUAUUAUUUAUAAAAUAAUGUAAAGUUGUUGUAAUAAGUCCUUAAACUAGUAAUAUUUUGUUAUUUCCUUGAUAUUUAAUCGUUGAAAUAUAAAUGCCAUCUUGGUAUAAAAAUAGCACGAUGAA